CCAGCCUUGCCGCUUGUUUGCUGCCUUGGGGGGGAUGGCCGCAACUAAGUGAGGGCGGAGGGACCUGCUGUCGUCGGCGGCGGAACGAAACCUUGAAUGGUAUCCGCCGCAAUCAUACCAAAAUACCACUACGUCAGAGCCACUAGGACGUAUAUAAACCUUAGCUUUUCCCCUCCUGCACCCCAUUUCCCGGAGACCAUGUAUCACUCCUCCAGAGCAGACGACCUGGACGAAAAAGCCGCUCCCGUUGGCAAACUGCUCUCGGCAACAACGCAUCACCCUUCAGUACCACCUCUGGCGCUGUCCGAGUACCUAGCCCAACAACGGAGCACCGAAUUCCCAGAACCCAACACCCAGAACCCCUAUGAUGGAUUGGCGCCGAUAAGCCCCCAAACUACUUUCACCACAGCCAAUGCGCAGCCGAUGCCUCUACCCACUCCCGACGUUACUGCUGCCGAUGCCGCGCCUCCAGCUCCCGGGGGGUAUGAUGCAAACAAGCCGGAACAACCCGAACGACCACAGAAACCACAGCGUUCAGGACCCUCGUCGACUGUUGCCAAUGACGGUGAAUGGCAGGCUACAAGAUCCCAGCUCCUGCCUAGUAGGAACCACGGUAAAAGGGCGGAGUGGAUCCGUGGCUGGAGCGACGAGGUCAGUUCGCUCGGCGAAGGAACAUACUGCGCGUGCUCAGAUACAACAAACACUAUCGGGGAAAACAACGAGGGUCCAGCCGGCAGUGAUGGCAAGAACGGCAAUACAAAAAGUAGUGGCGUUCGGGACAUGUUCUCUAAGGGCACUCUGCCAACAUCAGACAGGAACUCUCUCUCGGUCUCAGAUCCCGAGCUAGAUGUUUGUCGCAACUGCAACAGAUUGCCCCCGCCGGCUCUCGGCGGGACUUUAAGCGCACCAACAGGUGACAAGGUGGAUGAUUCCGCUGCGUUGCGGCCCGGCCGCGGUCUUGGCAGGAAGAUGGGAGAUCUGUUUCGACGUGUGAAACCCGGCUGGAAGAACAGCAGCCAAAAAAAACCUGCCGGGGACGGAAAUCCGCCGGAACGGGCGCCAGCGGCGCGCGUAGAACCGCUGAGGCAGGCAUCAAGUGGACAGCAGCAAAGCUCCACUGGCCUUGUCGUUUCACCGCUGGGCCAAAAUUCGAAUAGCUUAGAUUUCACACAUGUGCCUAGUCCAGGGCAAGGCGUGUCGCCCGCGCAAGAGGCCACUCCAUAUGGCAAUUCCGGAUUUGGCGCUUCCAGCAAUUCGGACAAUCCCCGUGGAGAUGCGGGCAUAUCGAAGAGCAUGUCACGUCUUCAGCGCGCGGCAUUACUCCUUCAGCGUUCGGGGCGCCCCAGUGAAUAGAGAUCACAAGCGAGACGUCUCUGCAGGUGGCUGCGGUCCCUGUACUGGUGGUGUGUCCGGUUUGUGCUGAGAAUUCUCCGCAUCCAACAUCCCAUCCCGAAGCAGCCUGUCUACCGUAUGACCGACGACGAGGCAGCACCUCUAGACAACCAAACUCCUUUUAUUCUAGGCCUAAAUCGACCCACAACCUCAAAUUCUUGGCUAAGGGAGAUAAUGAGG